AUGCCCGCGGCGUGUGCCGCGAAGAUCUUCCGCCUGACGCGGGCUCUCGGCCAUCGGUCGGACGGCGAGACGAUUCAGUGGCUGCUGACUCGGGCGAGCCCCGCUAUCCAGGCCGCGUUGAGUUCGGCAUCACAAAUGGCGGCGCAAACUGCGGCGCAGCGGCACGUCGUGGAGCCCAGCGGAAAACGCGCGGAGGGCCCACCCAACGACUGCGAUUGCACAGAUAUUAGGAUGGCGGAGAGGAAGCGAACGCGAGCCGAUGAUGCCGCCGUUGCUCCCUCACGAGGAAAAUCGAACGACGAGAUUAUUCCACGCGGAAAUUACGGAUUUUCUGUUGGGGAAGAGGUUUUUUUGCGGCAGCAGCAGCAGCAGCAGCAGCAGCAGCAGCAGCAGCAGCAGCAGCCGCCGCCGCCGCUCCCGCGACAACAGCAGCGAAAGGACUUAACGGCUGCGGCGGCUAGAGACGGGCCUGAGCCCGUCAUCCGCGCUGCCGCAUCUGGCGGAGACUCACGAAUGUCGCCGUUGGGCGGCGAUGCGCGAGUGCGAGCACAGGGAUCGGAACCUCGAAUGUCGCCAUUGGGAGCGGUUGCUCGAAUGUGUCCGUCGGGAGUGGAUGAUGUUCCAAUUUCGCCGUUGGGAGCGGGUGCGGAGGCGCAUAACCUGGACAUUCUCACGGGCGUGGUCGACGCCGCGCCAGACGCGCGGCUCACGGCGGGCGUCGUGACUGCCGCGCCACACGCGCGAAUGGGCCCUCGGUUCGAUCCAUGUCUUCCGUCCUCUGUAUCGCAAGAGCUCAGCAGGCUUCCGCGGUGA